AUGGCGGCUGCGGCGGCUGUGCCGGCGGAUGUUGCGGCGGCGGCCGAGCAGGCGGCGGCGGUGUCGCCGGCGGCAGGGGAGGGCGAGGCGGCGGCGGCGGCAGCUCGGGCGCCUCGCCGCUCUCCGGCGAGCGGCCACAGGCCGUUUGCCGGCACUGCAGCAGCCCGGUGUUUUGACGGCGGCGGCGGCGGCGGCGGCGGCGGCGGCGGCGUCGACCUCUGUGGCGACCACCACGGCAUCCACCACGGUGUGUUGGAGGCAGCGAGCAUCGGGGAGGCGAACGGUGGCGGUGUGAGCUGCAUUGGCGGUGGCGGCGCGAGCGGCAGCGGUGGCGGCGGCGAAGGCGGAAGUGGUGGUGGUGGUGGCGGCGGUGAAGGCGGCAGCGGAGGUGGAGGUGGCGGCGGUGGCGGCGACGGCGGCGGUGUCGUCGGCAGCGGCGGAGGCGGCAAUGGUGGAGGCAUCGGCGGCAUCGGCGGCGGUAGCGGCGGCGGCGGCGGCGGGGGAGGCGGCAUCGGCUGCGGCGGUUUCGCCGGCGGCGGCUGCACCAGGGUGGAGCAGAAGUUGCAAGAGAAGUCGCAGGCACCCCUCCGCGGGCAACCCACGGGGCACAUCAGGGCGGUCUUUUACGCCGGCAGCCCGGACCACCCGCCCAGCCCGCCCGACGUCUUCACCUUGCUGGCGGGCACGCGGCUGGCUGCUCGCGACGGCUCGGCCGGGCUCAUCGAGCGCACAGCGACGGAUGGAAAGAAGAUGGAGUUCGACUGGGCAGCGAUGCGCGUGCACUGCUUUGUCAACGGGGAGGCGAUGCGGAAAGAAAAUGCCUUUUUGCCAGGAGUGAGUAGACUCGAAGCGCUCCCGUUUGGGCCAGAAGCGCACGAGACGGUCAGCGAGGAUGAGGGCGGGGCGCUGCACGCCUCGCUGCGGGGCGGCUUUCGGCGGAUCUACCUCUUCACCUGGCUUGAGGCGGACGGCGACCCGGAGGAGGCGCCCGAGGUGCGGAUCGGCGACAUGUGGGUGGAGCCUGGCCCCGCGCCUCGCCGCGCCGCGCUGCCGCUGGCCAAGCCAGGUGUGACGCCGCGCGAGCGACGCUCCGAGAUCGCCCGAGAUAGCGCGGCGCGCCGGGUCAACUGGGUGCGCGACAAGAUCGAGACCCCGAGCGACCAGGUGUACCAGUACUCGGCCGCAGAGCGGCAGGCCUUCCUCGCUAGCAAGUUCUCGCUCGCCAAGCGGUUUGGGCUCGAGGGGCUCGAGGUCACCCUCCCGGGCCGCGGGGAGAUGAUCCCAUAUCUCCCUGUCACCCUCCCGGGCCGCGGGGAGAUGAUCCCAUAUCUCCCUGUCACCAUCCCGGGCCUCGGGGAGAUGAUCCCAUAUCUCCCUGUCACCAUCCCGGGCCUCGAGGAGAUGAUCAACGUCGCGGUGGACCGCGGCGUCGAGAACGUCGUGCUCGGCAUGGCGCACCGCGGGCGGCUGAACGUGCUCGCCAAC